AUGCCGUAUUCAAGAUCCAACAAACAUAACACAACAAACCGCCGGUACAGAGGCGAGCAGGACUCGACGUCGUCCCUAUCAGUCGACCCCAUAGUCCUCAAGGGCGGCCACUCGUUCAACCUUGUCUCACAGUGGUUCUUCCUCUGGGUGAUACCCCUCCUUCGCCGGACUCGGUCCGACCCAGAUUUCGAUCCAGAUUCGAUCGAACUCCAGCAGGAAGAGUCAGCCCAAUUCGCCGGCGAACGUCUCGGAGAACGAUGGCGCCAGGAGGAGCUUGACUUUAAAGAAAAAGCAUCGAUCAGUCGAGCGCUCAUGAGUGCCUUUGGCCGACCUUACCUGAUGCUCGCCUUCUAUAAGGUCUUCUGGAUCAUAUUCACAUAUGUGGGAUCCUACUUUCUAGUUAAGCAACUCAUCACCUAUGUAGAAACGACACCCCUCGACCAGCGGGAAGCGACCUCGUCCAGGGACGGAUAUCUUUAUGCUCUGGGUUUGUUCCUGACGUGUGUUGGCAGCAGCGUUUGCAUCCAGCAGGUCAUGGCCGAGUGCACGAGGAUCGGUGUGCAGGUUCGAGCAGGUCUCAUGGUCCUCAUCUAUCGCAAAUCCCUCAAGCUGUCCUCUGCCCACGGCGGUAUCGGCAACAUCAUCAAUCUUCUGUCGAACGACUGCAACCGCGUGGCAGAGUCCUUUGUCAACUUUCAUUUCCUUUGGAGCUCAGCCUUGGAAAUUAUUGUUGUGAUUGCAUUGGCGUUUGUCGAGCUCAAACUCGCAGCCGUACCAGCGCUCAUUAUCCUAGUGCUUCUUUUCCCCGUACAGUACCUCCUCUCGUUUUACACUGCACGCGUUAACGCCAUGGCCACCAACUCGACUACCGCCAGGAUUCAUAUCAUGUCGGAGCUCUUGACCGCCAUCAAGCUGAUCAAGUUCUACGCCUGGGAGCCUUACUUUCGGGACCGUGUCACUCGCGUACGUGCAAAGGAGAUGAGCGAACUUCGACGCGGAAUGUACCUCAAGAUCACCUCGUUUGCAGUGGUCUUUGCCGCGCCCGUUGUGACGACACUUGCCUGUAUUUGCGUCUAUGAGCUCAGCGAUGAUCGAGGACUCCGCGGCGAUGUUACUUCCAGUGUUGUCUUCACCUCGUUAUCGCUUUUCAACACGCUUCGAUACCCACUCAUCAUGCUGCCCAUUGCUGUCAAGACGACUCUGGGAGCCAUGCUGAGUUUUGAGCGUCUCAAUGGAUUCUUGAGUCUCCCUGAGGUCGAACCCCUUCAGCUUCACGGAGACUCGGAUACGAUACCUGGUUCGGACAGGAUCAACUCUUUGGGAGCGUCAGUUGUUGCUGAUGGUUUGGUAAUGAAUGGCUCCAACAGCAGCAGCGGAGACGCAAAGGAGAUGGAACGACUCGCUCACCAACGCGAACUGGCUCAGCUUCGCAUUUACAUAAAGGACGCCGAUUUCGGAUGGCCAGAGUCCAAGGAGUCUAACCCAACGCUCAAGUUCAUCAGCAUGGAAAUCAAACCUGGCGAUUUGGUAGCGAUUGUGGGUGAUGUGGGAUCCGGAAAAUCAUCGACAUUGGCGGCGAUUAUGGGUCAAAUCAGGUUGAUGGCAGGAAGUCAUGCUGUCCGUGGUACAUUGGCAUACGUUCCUCAUGAUGCUUGGCUUUUGAACGCGACUGCCAAGGAAAACAUCUUAUUUGGAUCGCCAUUCAACCAAGAAAAGUACAACGCCAUUCUUCGUGUUUGCGCCCUCAACCGCGACAUGAGCUUGCUGAGCGCCGGUGAUGAGACCGAGAUCGGAGAACGUGGAAUCAACCUGAGUCAGGGCCAGAGGCAACGUGUGAGCUUGGCGCGAGCUGUUUACUCUGGUGCCGACAUUAUGCUCCUGGACGAUCCUCUCAGCGGCAUGGAUGCUCAAAUCGGAAAGCACAUCUUCCAGGAGUGUAUUAAGGGAUAUCUGGCCAGCAAGACUGUGGUCUAUGUUACCAACCAGCUUCAGCAUUUGGCCGCCUGCGACUACAUUAUUGUCAUGAAGGCAGGAUCGGUCGAGGCACAGGGAACGUUCGCCGAGUUGAUGGCGCAGGAUGUCAACUUGGCCCGUAUUGUUGACGAGUCGAUGGAAAUCGAGGACCCAGAUCAGAUCCAAGAGCUUACGAAUGAGGUCAGAUUGGAGGCGCCUGUCGACGAUACCGGUGCUGGAGCAACUUCACCUCCAACCAGCCCCACCUCGGAAAAGGGAGUCAGCCAACCUCUGGCAUUGUCGAGGACUAUUGGUCUUUCUCGUGGCAACACAGGAAAGGGUCGCUUCUCCUCUGAGGAGAAGAGCUCGGAGAUCACAGAGUUGAACACGGUCACUGUUCACGGUCUCCCCAGCUUCGUCAAGUCAGGAAAACUCUCUCACGCAGGAACAUCGUCUGUCCACAACCGCCCCCACCUCCUCACGCAGCGAUCGCAAUCGGCGUCAGGAACAGGAACCGCUAGCACCACGUUCAACACUGCAGCAAACGAGCAAACAAUCCACCGUAUCCGUGAGAUGAACGCCCACACGAUCCAGAACCAAAUGAUCAACGAGCAGACCAUCUCGAGGAUGAUUGAGCGCAACCAGAUGACGAUCCUCGGCAACAUGGGACAGAACCGUCUACCCGUCCAUGCUACCAACAGGGAGGAGAACUCGAUGGCGAGGGCUGUGGAAAGGAACCAGCUAACGAUCCACAGUCUGAGCGGCAGGGAAGGAGGUAUGCUAAGCCAUGGAGGCGGACGAGGCGAGCGAUUGGACCUUGGAUUUGGUGUCAAGAGCCGCGACGUUGUUUCAGGAUGGUCUGUCACGAAGGCUUACCUCCGCAAGGGAACUGGAAUGGGCGUCUCGAUCGCUGUUGCACUUGUGUUCUUGGCGACUCACGGACUCCGGAUCUUCUCCGAUUACUGGCUUCGGUUCACUGUCGGACCUGAUGCCAAGCCCGAUUUCAACUACUACCUGAGCGUAUACGGCGGAUUGGUUGCGGCUGUGGUUGUCGGUGCCUACAUCAGGACAUUCUUCCUUUCGUGGGUUGUCUUCAGGAAGUCGAUUACCUAUCAUGAACGCAUUUUCCGCAAGAUUAUGCGUGCGCCUAUGAGUUACUUCGAUGUUACCCCGCUCGCCAGGAUUCUGAAUGCGUUCGCCAGGCACCAGUGCGUCGUCGAUGAGGUUCUCCCUGACGCGAUUCUUCAGAUGCUCCAGUACAUGCCUUUGGCUAUCGGGGCCGCCAUUCUAGUCAUUGUGAUCGUUCCCUGGUCCGCGAUUGCCGUGGUGGUUUUGUUGGGUCUUGCCUGGAUCUUGAUUCACUUUUCUUCGUACACGGAUGAUCGACUCAAGAGCAUGGAGGCGAUGACCAAGGGCCCGAUCUUUGCUCACAUGGCGGCCACUCUCGACGGACUGUUCUCGAUCCGCGUCUAUGGAGCCGAAGAGAGAUUCGAUGCAUUCAACCUGCGCAAGAUUGACGACAACCACAAGGCCUUGUUUGCAAUGAUGCAGAUUCGUUCCUGGUUGGCUCUCUACUUAGAUCUUGUCUCGUCCAUCUUUGUCCUGGUCACGGCGAUGUUCGUCAUCUACUUUUCGCGCGAUAGCACUCUGGACGCGUCACAAGCAGGAUUGGCGAUUACGAAUGCGCUCCAGCUGCUAAUCUUUGGUCAGUGGUCUAUUCGCAUGGCGGCCGAGGUCAAGUCGACUAAGGAGUCUGUCUGCCAGUUGGAGUUGUACGGCAUGAACAUUCCCGCCGAGGCCCCCGAUGUCAUUCCCGAGAACCAGCCCCCAGCAGAUUGGCCCAGCCAAGGAGAGAUCGAGUUCAAGAAGGUGGUUCUUCGUUACCAGAACUACGGCGUUGCCGUCUUGAAGAAGGUCGAUUUUCUCGUUCAGGGAAGGCAGAAGAUUGGAGUCGUUGGCAAGAUGGGAAGCGGCAAGACAACAUUGCUGAUCUCUCUUUUGCGUGUGGUUGAGGCGGCUGAGGGUCAGAUCUUGAUUGACAAUGUCGACAUCCGUGAGAUAGGCCUCCAUGAUCUCCGUAGCAAGAUCGCCAUCAUCCCUCAAGAACCCGUCCUCUUUGUUGGCACUAUCCGAUCCAACUUGGAUCCCUUCCAUCGGAGAACUGACCAGGAGAUCUGGGAUGCCCUCGACGCGGUCCAUUUGUCGGAGAACAUCAAGUUGAAUAUGCCUCUCAAGCUUGAGACACCUAUCAUCGAGAACGGACGCAACUUUUCCCUCGGCCAACGGCAGCUCUUCUGCAUUGCUCGCGCUAUUCUCAUCCAGAGCAGGAUUCUUGUUCUCGACGAGGCGACCAGUGCGGUUGAUCUUCAGACCGAUCUUUUGAUUCAGGAGACCAUCAAGAAGAACUUUGCCGACUGCACGGUUCUCAUGAUUGCCCAUCGCCUCAACACGAUCAUGGAGUGUGACAAGAUCCUAGUGAUGGAGGAUGGCCGUGUGGUGGAGUUUGAGCAUCCUACAAAGCUGAUCGAAAACAAGGAUGGAUACUUUUACAGUCUCGUCAACCAGUCGGGACCUGAUUCGGUGGCCCGACUCAAGACCAUGCUGAAAGAGCACGGACACACUGUUGAUGGCGAGCCUCCAAUCGCUGUUGACCAAACCGCUCCUCGUCGCGCCAGCUACCCCACUGGGCUUUCUGGCGCAGUGCCUGAGGUCGAUGAAGAGGACGAAGGAUCGUACAGCGGAUCAGGAUCAGGGUCGGGCUCUGGCUCAGGCUCAGCGCCAGCUACUGGUGACUGCACCCAGAAGCAGCACUCGACCAAGCCAUCGUUCUCAGGCAAGAGUCCCAUCGAGGAAACUUUGAGCGCCAGUCGAUCCUCGACGGCAAGCAAUCUUGAUGGGCGGGGGACGGGCAGUGCAGGCGAGGGCUCGGUGUCAUCCUUGGCUAUUAGUAGUGCAGUCGUUGGUUCUGCCAGUCCUAUGGCGACCGUUGGAUCGACCUCGACACAUCCUAUGCCCAAGUCACUUGAGGAUGUCUUUGCUCCACGGCCGGCUCCUCGGAGAGACGACUGA